AUGUCUUUAUUAAAUUUAAAUAUAGUUGAUGAUAAUGAAAUGUUAUCUGAAAAACUUGGUUAUCAACUUGAAGAAAUAAUAUUAGAAUUAGUAAAUAAAAAACAAAUCGUGACAAUUGGUUUAUCAGGUGGAUCAUUAAUUGAUUUAUUAGCAUCAAGUGUUCCUCGUCUUCAAUUUCCUUGGGCUCGUCUUCGAUUUUUUUUUGUUGAUGAACGAUUUGUUCCAUUUACAUCGGAUGAAUCAACAUAUGGAGCUUAUCAAACAAAAUUAUUUCGUAAAUUACCACUUACUGAAAAAAAUAUUAUUAAAAUUGAUCCUGAUUUAAAAUCUGUUGAAGAAUGUGCAAAAGAUUAUCAAAAUAAAUUAGAAGAAACAUUUACUGAAGAUGAUAAAUCAUUUGAUAUAAUUCUUCUUGGUAUGGGACCUGAUGGUCAUACUGCAAGUCUUUUUCCUAAUCAUUCAGUUCUUAAUGAAAAUAAAGGAUUAGUAACAUAUGUUAAAGAUUCACCUAAACCUCCUUCUGAACGUGUUACAUUAACAUUAAAUACAAUUAAUCAAGCGAAAUAUAAAAUAGCUGUUGUUACUGGUGAAAGUAAAUCAACGAUUGUUAAAGAAGUUAUACAAGAGAAAAAUACAAAAUAUCCUAUUGGUCAAGUUAAAGAUUUAAUUUGGUAUCUUGAUAAAUCAGCAGCAUCGAAAUUAUAA